CCCACAUACCACCUCUCGCCACAGUAGCUCAGCCUUGUAUCACCAUCGUUACCAUUUCCACCGAUAUCUAGCUGCGGACCUUGCAUGUACGGCAUACGUCCGCGCGGACGCCAUGGCUUUCAAUUGGGACAAGCUUUGCAAGGCACAGCGCGACUACCCGAGACCAAAAUUUGCCCUCGAUGCAGUCGGCAAGCUCCUUAAGAAAAGGCCGACCGACCCAUACCUCUUGGCAUGGAAAGCGUCCACUUUGCUCAGGCUUGAUCGUCGCGCAGACGAGGCUCUUUCCCUAUGGAUAAACCUCUGUCAACAACAGCCUCCAAUUACUGACCUGAACCUACUUACGUUCAUCUAUUACGGUAUCCUGAAAGCUUCGCGGCAAAUAAACCCGAGCUUCUCAACUUUAUCCUCGGUCGGCGCAGAAGGGUUGAAAGCAUGGCAAAACGCAGCAAAGUCCCUUUCUAACCGGAAGGCGAAGCUGAAGCUGUGGUCUGAAUUGUUCAUCGUCGCUAUGAAAGAAGAAUGCUGGGAGGAUGCUCGGCUGGCGACUAUGCAAGCAAACAAGGAGGGCAUUGAUCCUAAAUACCGGAAAAACUUAUACUACUCCUUGAUAUUAGUAUAUCAGCUAGCUGGCGAGAGGAAAGCCGACGUGUCCCAUAAAACAGGAAAAAUCGACCAAGGCGUUCAAAUCCAGCUUACCCUCGCCCAAAGACAAAUGAAAGAUGCCUACGACAAUGCACCCAAGUCCACGGAUGAAGUCAUUCAAGUUGCGACCAUGAGUGAUCUCCGUUUCAUGGCUGCGAUUUAUGAACGCCAAAAUCGCUGUGGGGAAUUGUUCCAGCUAUGGGCUAAUCCGCCUCCCGCCGUGAAGAAAAUCAUCGACGGCGCUUCCUGGGACUUUGCGUUGCUUGGCAUAGAAGUUGCCCACCAACAGAAAGAGUGGCAGCUCGUCGAAACGAGAUGCUACCAACUUAUCGACGAGAUUUGGCAAUCUGGCAAUCCGAUGACCGGUGACCCUUCUGUAGUCAGUGUAAAAUUGUUCAACAUCUGCACCAUGUGUUGGACAAUGUGGAAAAGCCUGCUUAACGCAACUGCCGGUCUUUAUCCCUCUGCAGAAGGUAGAUUCAAGAUCGAAAAGUUAUAUUCCAGUGUCUGGAAUUCCCUUCCCCCACUGGACCCGCGAACAUACAGAGCUAUUGGCCUAACGCGAUUAACGUUGGAGUCCUACCUCGGUCAUCCAACACUCGACACCAUCACACAAUUUUACAUUAUUUGCUUCCGCAAUCCGAGCUGUUUCAAAGAUCUCCACCGAUUUGUGACUCUCCUGUCUGCGGAAGAACAAAGAACAUUUCAGAGCUCAAUCAGCAAACACGCUCAGAAGCUGGGGGCCAUGAUGAAAGAAAAUGAAGACGGAUCAUCAGAAGAAGACAUCAGAAACAUCCGACUGUGGCACGAGGCUGAGACCACAGUAUUGAAGUUCGAGCUCUUAAUGAUAAUGUCACCACCUAAAGAGCCUGAUCUGACAUUGCUCGAAAAUUUUGUUGAGAACGCCCUUAGGCUUUGGCGCCUCCAAUUGGCGGUUGAGGCGACAGAUGCGGUCUGUGGCUCUGACGCCUUUCUCCUUGCAGUCGAAGGCCUCGUAUACUUGUUUGAGUCCACGUCGCUCCUAGAGUAUCUCUACCAAGCUGCGGUGCUUACAAGACACGCUAUAUCGCUUGAUAGGCAACAGUACGGCAGGGGCUUGGCUUUGCUUUCGACGCGACUCCAUCUGCGACUCGGUUUGGGUACCAUUGCUUUUGAACAUUACAAUCGCGUACAAGUCAAAGAGAUGCUGCACGACAAUGUCGCCUGGGUGCCCCUGUCGCGGAUCUCUCAAUCUCACCCAUUUGGUGCGAGUGGCCCAAGAGGGUUUUCAGCUGACAAUGAGUUAGAAAAGGUCAUCUCCACGCUUUCGCGCAUGGAGAACAAGAUUGACGACUUGCUGUAUGGGGAUUUGCAGCAUUUCAUGUACGACAAGGCUUUCGAUCUCCUAGAACUCAAACGAAAACUACGUACUAGCUUGACAAAGCAUUUCUGCAUCAUCGAGCGACGGCGUAUUGCUCGAUUGGCAGGGGCGCCUGUGGACACAAACCUUGAUUUACCUUUGCGAAAUUAUGAGGAUAUAUCGGACAAUUGCCAUUGGGACGCAGUCCCUGCACUACGUAACACAAGGCCAGUUGGGCUCAAAAACACUGACUUGAUCUCACCUAUCACCAAGCUGUGGGUACAUAGCUUUCGUUCACUGAUUGAUGUUGUGAAUGGUAUUGCGUUCAAAGAAUUUCCUACGGGACAUCAGGCAUUUUCUUCUUGUGAGCCUUUCGCACAAACUAUAAACAGUUCGAAUGCGGGAAUCGAAGAGCCUGACAACGGAGCUCGGUUCAGCAAAACGGAAACUGGUCUUAAUGAAUUCUACUGGAAGCCAAUAGCUUGCAUACUGCAGAAAAUAUUCCCAGCAGAAAAGCUUCCUAUUUGGUCGGAGAUGGGGUCGCUCGAAGAAGCAUUCCAACAGAUUUUCAGCCAACUCGAGAUUGAUACGAGCGAGCUUCAUCCAAAUCUACUGCACGACGACAACGCCGACUUCGUCGGAGCACCAAAUCUUACUGAAGAUGGCCUCAAUGCUGUCUAUGGACGCUUGGAAGUGCUAAGGACUCUUGAUCGACUGCUCGACUUUAUGCGACCAAUUUCGAAAGCACGAACCCAUGCGCUCCAUAAAGAUAUCACCGUCGCCAGGUGUGACCUUCUUCAUACCUACAUUACCGAAUUUUUUCGACUGCACAAAAUUCGUAUAGAGAUGUUGAUGGGACGGCUUCAUGUGAGCGGCGGAGCUCAUAUCCGGGCACUGUUUAGGUGCAAAAAAACGGGAGCGGCAGUGAACGGGAUGAUAGCCGAGGAGACUUUGAAUCGUUACUCCAAAGAGUAUGCUGAUUCGGCCAUCGAGGCACUGAAAGGUGUCUUGAAGGUAAAUUUGGGCUAGGGUUUUCCGGCGAACCUGUAUGGCAUACUCCCAAUAGACGUUUCCCCUCAGUCAGGGGAACUAUAUGCGAUCGAUCUUAUAAUGGCAAAAGCCAGCAUUGGGCAGGUCCCAAUUGUGCAUUUCAGCACUUGGAAACAAUGCACAUCGCGUCAAAUCUGCGCUAUUGCGGGUGAUUUUUAUCUACUCGAGGAACAUGGCUUUCAUACAACCACAGAGCGCGUUGGUACCGCACGCACCACUCCGGAUGAGUUCAUCCGCAACCCAAGCCAACU